AUCAUUUGGUUGAAUGUGAUAGUUGUGUUCGAAUGUUACUAAGGCAAGCUAGUUGAGAAAAGUUCCAAAUUUCCGUCGUUUGAAAUUCCAAAUUUGUUCGUCCUCCGCUUCGGGCAGACACAGCCCUCAUUUGGACACCACCCUCAUCAUUGUUACCCAAGUAUCCCUGACGAUCCUCAAGAGAACCCGUACCCGUUUUCAAAGAACUGAUGAUUUUUGAGAUUUGUCUGCAGUUGCAUUUGGUGGGACAGUUCAAUGUUCGCAUAUACUUUCUGAGAUUCAGUCUGAACGUGGUCAACCAGUGGGCACCAGUCGAAGCUUCCUUCAUUGAAUAUUAUCCGUAACACAUACUUCACCAUACUGAAGUCUGAACGGAGUAAGUGAUAAUAUAAGAAAGCAACGCAAUGUCUGGAUCCAUAAGAAGCCGCAGGCUUUUGGGAUACUAUGAGUACUUUUUGCCCGGAGUCUACGACUAUCCAGUGACCCGUAGUGCGGAGGACACAAUCAGCGCCUAUCAGCUUGACCCAGAACUGGCCAGCGGCUCAUCUCUUUGGUCCAUUCCCGACGCGAAUGCCACCUAUGUGGUUGGGCCUUUUGGCGUAAUCAACUACCUAUCGGAUGUGCAGACGCACUUGGCUUUGCCCACGUGCCAGAACUUGGAAACUGGUCUCCUCUUCACGACCAUCGGACAGGACUCUAAUUACGAUCAGGGGCUCUAUGACUUUGGCCUAGUGGAGGACGAUCUGACGGAUGAUGAGGGCUACGGGUAUGAGAUUCCCCAGCUUGAUCUUGGCCUGGAACGUCCCACUUCCGAAUCCGAUGCAGGGCAGCAGGAGCAAGUGGAGGAGUUCCACAUGGAAAAGUCUGGUUAUUCCCAGCGCUUAUCAACGACUUACUCCAGCGAGGAGUCAGGAUCAGGCGAGCCCGUACAAACCGAUGAAGAGGUGCCCAGGAAGCGGAGAAGAGUCUCUCGCAAGCGCAUCUAUACGGCCGAGCAGGGUUACCUGGUGGAGGAGCCAACCAGCGAACUAUCUGAGGAAGAUCCCGCACCCAUGCCCAGAACAUAGUAAUCGUUUCGAGUUCAGACUGUUGGAGUUUCCAUUUCCAACACGACUUCAGACAGAGACCGAUUUUCAGAUGCGUUUUCAGAAAUACGAAAUACCUGUAUUGCACACUACGAGUGUACUUGUAAAGACAGUUAAAAUUCGAUUAAUUGUUGAAAUUUGAUAGUCAGCAAAAUAUAUAUAUUUUGUAAAAAGUACAAGAAAAUAUGGCUAAAAAUAUUUGAAAUUUGCAAGCUAAAUUUACUAUUAAAUCAAAAAUACCCUAAUGUGAUCAAUGUUUUUCCAAUAAAAUACUUUUUAUAUGG